AUGUCAAAACUACACCUCAUAAACCACAACGACCUCCAAAACUUCAUCAACCAAAUCCUAAUCGCAAACGGAACCUCCCCCACACACGCCGCCAUAACCUCCAAAUGUCUCGUCUCCGCCGAUCUCCGCGGGGUAGACACCCACGGCAGCAAUCGUAUCCCCUCCUACAUGGAACGAGUCCGCCAAAAAGCACUAAACCCCUCAGCAAUUCCAACCAUGCACCAAAAAACGCCCAUAGCAGCCCAAGUGGACGGCCAAAACGGGUUCGGCUUUGUAGCCGCACACAUGGCGAUGACGCGCGCGAUCGAGAUGGCUCAAAUCUUCGGAAUGGGCAUGGUAUCAGUUAAACACUCGAACCAUUUCGGGAUGUCAGCGUGGCUUGUCAAACAGGCCUUAGAAGCGGGGAUGAUGUCGCUUGUUUUCACGAAUAGUUCACCCGCGCUUCCUGCUUGGGGUGGCCGGGAGAAAUUGAUGGGUGUUUCGCCGAUAGCGUGUGGGGCGCCGAGCUUUGAGGAGGGGGAGAAGAUUCCGGAGGAUUGGGCGUUGGAUAAGGAUGGGAAUCGGACGGAUGAUCCUGCUAAGGCGCUUGAGGGAGUUAUGUUGCCUAUGGGGGGACCCAAGGGAUCUGCUUUGUCGAUUAUGAUGGAUGUCUUCUCUGGAGUGUUUUCUGGGGCUGCUUUUGCUGGACAUGUUACCAAUCCUUAUGAUCCGUCGAAGCCGGCGGAUGUUGGACACUUUAUCGUCGCUAUCAAGCCGGAUCUGUUCAUGAGUAUGGAGGAGUUUAAGGAACGGAUGGAUUAUCUUUAUAAGAGAGUGGUGGAGAGCGAGAAGAUGGAAGGCGUGGAACGGAUAUACUUCCCUGGAGAGUUGGAAAUUAUUACUGAGGAGAAGAGGUUGUUUGAGGGUAUUCCAUUUGCAGAGGCUGAGAUUGCAAGUUUAAACAAAGAAGCAGAUUUAGUGGGCGCUGAACAUUUAAAAGUGCAAUGA